AGACAUGUUCCCUACCGCAUCGCUCACCGCUGCUCUUCUGCUGGCUCUAGGCGCUGUUGCAUCUCCCACAGCGCUCAUUCGCGACUCACCAAUCACUCUUCCUUUCGCGAAGGUCGUGAACAUCACUUCUCCGCAGCACCUCGUCCAACAUGACCAGGCUCGAGCCAAAAGUCUUGUGGACAGGGCUAACGCGAAGAUUAAUGGCCUAAGCUCCGAUGCUGUGGUCAGUGUGCCCGCUGAGAACCAGGCCGUCUCCUACGUCGUCAACGUUGGAGUGGGAAGUCCGGCGACCACCUACAGCCUCAUCGUGGACACCGGAAGCUCCAACACCUGGGUUGGCGCGGGAAGAGCAUACGUCAGGACGAGCACCAGUACUCAGACUAGUGACCGGGUGGCCGUAACUUACGGCAGUGGUUCAUUUUCCGGAACUGAGUUCACUGACCAGGUCAGCCUUGGAACUGGAUUAACGAUUACCAGGCAGUCCAUCGGCACUGCAACUCGCUCCACUGGAUUCGAUGGCGUGGAUGGUAUCCUCGGUAUUGGACCAGUCGACCUGACCGUCGGUACUCUCAGUCCAGACACCCGUGACACGAUCCCUACUGUCACAGAUAAUCUCUUUACUCAAGGCACGAUUUCUGCUCGCGAGGUGUCUGUGUCUUUCGAGCCCACGACGAGUCUUUCUUCCGUGAACGGUGAAUUAACGUUCGGCGGGACUGACUCGUCCAAAUUCACUGGCUCUAUCACAUUUGCGCCACUUACCACCACAUCCCCUGCCAGCGAAUUUUGGGGCAUUAGCCAGUCGAUUACCUACGGAACGGCUGGUACCUCUAUCCUGAGUACGACCGCCGGCAUUGUUGACACUGGUACCACCCUCGUCCUCAUCGCCAGCGAUGCUUUCGCCCGCUACCAGGCUGCCACAGGCGCCGUCAUGGACGCCAACACCGGUCUACUCCGUCUUACAACCGCCCAGUUCGCGAACCUCCAGACGUUGAACUUCCGCAUCAACGGCGCAACCUUCGGCCUCACUCCGAACGCUCAGAUCUGGCCUCGUGCUCUCAAUAGCGCCAUCGGCGGCACGGCCAACAACGUCUACUUGAUUGUCGGAAAUAUUGGCACUCGCACCGGAGCCGGUCUCGACUUUAUCAAUGGCAUGACCUUCCUUGAGAGGUUCUACAGCGUUUUCGACACUACGAACAGGCGUGUUGGAUUCGCUACCACGCCGUUCACGACCGCAACGACCAAUUAGUUGUCCUGAGACGGUAUUUGAGGGAACAAGGUCGCGUAGGGGCAGUAGUGGAUCUCGUGUAUAUCAUGUCGAG